AAGGAUCUCUAUCUAGACCGAGUGUUUGUCCUUUUUUAAGAAAUGGGGAAAAGGUGCAUGUAGAAAAGGAUAAAUUCUCUUUUGUGCCCCUUGCGUUCUCUCUCUUUCAUGUAUACGUAGAAACAGAGGAACGAAAAAUGUGCAUGAAAGAGAGAGAACGCAAGGGGCACGAAACAAAGUUUAUCCUUUUCUACGUGUAUCUUUAUCCCCACUCCUCAACACUCGGUCAUAGAUAUACUAUGUCUAUGAUGACAGAUGAUCCGAGCAGCUAUAGCAGCUGCCAACUACCAACCAUUGCUUUCUAUCUGUUAUCAUAUCAACAUGGGCAGCUGUUGUGGAUUAUGUUACAAAGAAUCAUCAUCGUACGAAGAUCUUACGCCCGAUCGGGAGACUAUACGCAGGAGACAAGCAGAAGCUGCUGAGAAAAGAAUUGCUGAACAGCAGCAAAGGGGUAUAAAAGACAUAGACUCUGUUAAAAGACAACAGCGACGAGCACUAGAACUUGAGAAACGGGAACAAGAAGCUGCUGCUACCAGUACGCAAUCUACGUUAAAGUGGCAGGUAAACUAAUCUAAGAAGAGAUGCAUGCUACUGUUUAACAGAAAUGGACUGUAUAUUGAUUUUUACAAGAUAUUAAAUAUUUAAUAUAAUACUUGAUCGGCCAAACUGAGGUAGAUUCGACGUCACUGAUGAUAUUGAUAUGAUCACACAAGUGCAAUCUUAUUUUGUACCUUUGAUAUAGAAUUAAGUUAUGAGGAUAGGUUAAGUUUUGGAUAUCUUAAUUAAAGAAUUAGCUAUGUGUGAAACUAUAUAUAUAUAUAUAUAUAUAUAUAUAUAUAUACACAUGUAUACAUACAUACAUACAUACAAACAUAUAUACAUACAUACAUACAUACAUACAUACAUGCAUACAUACAUACAUACAUACAUACAUACAUACAUACAUACAUACAUACAUACAUACAUACAUACAUACAUACAUACAUACAUACAUACAUACAUACAUACAUACAUUAAAAUGUCACAUAGUUUUACAUUACAUUCAAGGCUUAAUUGCUUUUGCUUCAAUUUAUUAAAUAUAAAUAAUUCUCUCUAUUUUCUUAGUGAUGAGAAUAUAUACAUAAAUAUAUUAAAAUUAUUGUACACACAUAUUUAUAAAUGUUUGCAAUUACAUGCAACUACGUAAAUUGUAAUAAAUUGUUGUAAUGAAAAGAGCAGCACAAAUAUGAUAAAUUAUAUUAUAUUUUCUUAACUUUUCUUUUAACAAAACUGCAUUUUGUGAUUGCAAAUUUUGAAUUUAAAAAUUUAGUAUCUACACUACAAAAAAUGUAUAUCGAGGAAUAAGACUAAAAAUGUGUCCUUUUUGUAAUAUAUAUAUAAUCAUUUUUAUAUAUAAGAAGAUUUAUAUGUAUUGAAAUAGAAAUUUUAUAUCUAUAAUAUUCAAUAAUUGGUAUAAAAGACAAGUUUUCAAUUUAAUUCUGAUAAUAUAUUUAUAUUUAUAAUAUUACAUAGUAUUAUAUAGUAUAUAUUUGAGAUAAUACAAAAUAUACAUUUAUUAUUAGUA